GAAGCAGAGCUGUGCAUCUCAGCCCUCUCCUUCUUUUCAGAGCAGGCAGACCUCCUGAGCAGGCUUCACAGCAACCACCAUGACAUCAGUCACCACGUCUUACACCAGGCGCUCUGCCGGGGGUGUAGCCCCGGUCCGAAGGAUGUAUGCUGCCAGUAUGUAUGCUGGUUCAGCUGGAAGUGGAUCGAAAAUCUCGACGGCUUAUGGUGGUGCAGGAGGCUCAGCUGGUGGCUACGGUGGUGGCUACGGUGGUGGCUACGCUGGAGGCUUCGGUGGAGGCUAUGGUGGUGGCUUCGGAGGUGGCGCAGGUGGAGGCUUCGGAGGUGGCGCAGGUGGAGGCUUUGGCGGUGGUUGCAUUGACCUCAACGUUGGGACCAACGAGAAGGCCACCAUGCAGAACCUGAAUGACCGUCUGGCCUCCUACCUGGAGAAGGUGCGCAGCCUUGAGAAGGCCAAUGCUGAGCUGGAGCUCAAGAUUCGGCAGUUCUUGGAGAGCAAGACCUCACCUUCUGCACGUGACUACUCCGCUUACUUCGCCACCAUUGCUGACCUGCAGGAAAAGAUCCAGAAAGCCAUUUCUACCAAUGGAGGCAUCUACCUGGCCCAAGACAAUGCAAAGCUUGCAGCAGACGACUUCAGAACCAAGUAUGAGAAUGAGCUUGCCAUGCGUCAAUCAGUGGAGGCAGACAUUGCGGACCUAAAGAGACUGCUGGAUCAGCUCACGCUUGCCAGAUCAGACCUAGAGAUGCAGAUAGAAGGCCUCAAAGAAGAGCUGAUCUUCCUCAAGAAGAACCACGAGGAGGAAAUGGCAGCUAUGAGGAGCCAGAUGACUGGACAGAUCAAUGUGGAGGUUGACGCAAAACCACAAGCAGACCUGAAUGCCGUUUUGGCUGAAAUUCGUGAACAGUACGAGGCUGUGGCCGUCAAGAACCAGAAAGAACUUCAAAACUGGUUUGAUGACAAGUCAACCACGCUGACCAAAGAGGUCGCAGAAAGCACAGAAAGUCUACAAACAUCCAAAUCAGAAAUCACCGAGAUCCGUCGCACGUUGCAGGGCCUGGAGAUUGAGCUACAAUCACAACUCAGCAUGAAAGCAGCUCUGGAAGGCACAUUAGCUGAUACAGAAACACGAUAUGCUAUGCAGCUACAAGGCCUCCAGAUGCAGGUGACCAGCCUGGAGGAACAGCUGAUGCAGCUGCGUGCCGACAUGGAACGCCAGGGCCAAGAGUACAAGAUGCUGCUGGACAUCAAGACACGGCUGGAGAUGGAGAUCGCAGAAUACAGGAGGCUACUGGAUGGGGAGGGCAGCAUUGGCGGUUUAGAUACCUCCAGCUCCAGCACCAGCACCAGAAAGGUUAUCGUGGUCACGGAGGAGAUGAAAGACGGCGUGGUGAUGUCCUCCUCAUCCUCCAUCGCAUCAUAAACUGUCACAGGGUGCAAAUGCAACAUACAGAGGCCACAAACUCACUAUCUUAACAACAGAAAAUUGCUUCAAACACAAGUGUGACUGCAAUAAAAGCCUCUCUGUUUGCUGACUA